CGUUAUAUGUUGUGUGACAGACAGUCAGUCAUUCAUAGCGAUAAAGCAGGUUUGUACAGGAGCGAUAUUCUCUCAACACUGACCGAAAAUGAACUGUUUUUGUCUUCCUCUUCUGCUCCUCAUCCUUCAGAAGCACACGGUCCAAAUGGAAAGGAUUGAGAGGAACCAAGAUUGUGGUUGGAAUUGUUCUGAGGGUCUACAGUGUAAACCCAGAGCUUACUCUCCACUGUCAGCAUUUCACUGCAGGAAUCAGCCUAUUAGCAGUGUCGUCUUUAAUGACGUGAUGUUAUCUACUGUUUUGGCAUGUGAGGAGAGGAAAUGUUCACUGCAGCUCAGGAUGGCAACAUCAGUAAAUGUUACUGGUAACAUCCGUGGGGUUUCAGUGUGUGUCGAUUCUGCAGGAAUGAUUGGACAUUGCCAGAUUUAUACAUUUGGCCGAGUUGGUGGUUUAAAUGUCACAGGAAAACAGGUUGAUGUACGGUUUAAAUGUGUUCCUGUUCGACCUGGGCAGCAUUUGUUUGUGACUCUCAAAACAAUUCCAAACUACUGUAAAGCCAUGUGGUCACAAAGACAUCUUGUUCCUGACUGCAGACAUGAAGGUGUCAGAGAUGAAGUUGCAGAAUGCAUCACUGGGAAGCUGGCAUACACUGUAGAUAAAGCCAAGAAACUGUUCUCAGUGAGAGUGACUGGAGCUCCUGAGGACACAGAGUAUAAUCUCAGGCUCUGCCAUAAACGCAAUGUCAUCUGUGCAGGGGAAGGGAUGCACAAAACAAUAAAACCACAACAUCUACAGAGAAGUGUACAACUUCAUUAUUCCAAAGCAUUACCCUGUUUGUGCAUUGAGGGUUGGCCUGCCAAAGUGGAUGCACGAAGAGUUCAAGUGUGUCCAUUCAAAAACAAUUUCGAAGAGCUGUGGUCAGGCAUAACUUAUGACCUCAGUAAGGGUGAGUUAAUAUGGGAGCCGCUGUGUCCUGUCAAAGUGUUAGUGUCUCUGUGUCAUGACGAGGGAGGAAAAUCCUGCCAAGACCUUGGAGAGGCAUUUCAUUCAGAUGGACAAAAAGUGGUAUUCUCCUCUGUGGAUCCACACCCUGCACUUUGCACGAAGUUUACUACUGAAGUCGGAACAUGGAUUAGGUGUCCUUUUUCUGAAGGGAAUUUCUCAGUCUGGACAGCAAAGAUGGCAUUCAAAGAUAGGCAGCAAUGGGCAGAGAUAUCAACGUGGGUAAAAGCCAACUUCUCCGUUUCCAUCUGUGAGAUGAAACCUUCUCAGUGCAAACCAAUUGAAGGAAGCAACUUAAAAACCCUUUCUGUGGACAAAAAGAAGCCCACAGUUUUCAACUUGUCUGAAAGUGCAUGCAAAGUGUGUGUUUGCAUCCAGGUCCAGAGGGUGGAUGUACUCUUUUCAGUCCCUGUACUUCAAUGCGACUUGCAGUGUCCAAACUGGUGCCUUGCCUCGGACAGUGAACACUCUGAGGACAUUGAGAUGAUCUUACUUCCUGCUGUAAUUUUUCUGACUGUGAUUCUGGCAGUUGUCUUGUUUGGUGGAUUGACGAUAAAAGAUGGAGACGAGAAGAAAGGAAGGCUUUGGACAAAACUCAGGUUUCAGGGGAUGGAUCAGUGACCCGUCUGUACAGCAAGUGGGGAUGCAAAUGUGGGACAGUUCUCGAAAAACAUACAUAUCCUAUUAGAUUCUUUGAUGUAAGGACUGAAUUAUUGUAUGUAAAUAAAUAUGUAUUGUCUGUUUUUGAGUCAUGCAGCAGGUGAGUUCAUACCAUUAGCAAAAAACAAAACAUUUGUAAAUACACAGAUUUUUUUUAUGUUAGCCAAAAUAAUGCUAAUGCUUAA